AGCAGUUCGAUCACAUUUCCUGGAAGUCAUCGAUUGUAGAACCAAACGGCGUGAAAACCGGAAAUGCUGUCGUGUGGGAGUUGUGAGCGAGCCGCGUUUGAGGAGAAACGGUGUCAAGUUUACGUAGCGCUUCAAGAUUCAUCACCGACGAUGGAGUGCCAAGUGUGUACGCUGCGUUUUGACGCCAUUGCCCACCGGCCGAAGAUCCUCCCUUGCGGGCACACACUAUGCCUCAAGUGCAUCCAAGAGUUACCCACUAGGACGUGCCCUCUAGACAAUAUGGUCUUCACGCCUUCGCCGGAGAGCUUAGUGGACAAUCUCAUCGUAUUGGAUGCCUGCAAUACGUUUCAGAGGUCCGUUGUGGCGCCGUUGUGGUGCCGGUCCUGCAACAACCCCGCCACGGAGGCGUGCGUGGACGACGGAGGCCAUGCCGUCGUCACGUGCAAGAAGGCGAGGCUGGACGACGCGGGGCCGCUCCUGGAGGAGCUGGACCUCAGCGAGACCGCCCUGGACCGAAUCGCGGAGCUGGUGUCCAUCCCCAAGAUUGAGGAGGCGGCCGAGGACCUGCGCCACCAGCUGCAGCGGACGAAGGCGUCUCUGCACGCGGCGAGGGAACGCUUGCUGGCGGCGCGGGAGGCCGACGACGCGGCCUGGGGGCAGGCCAAGCAGGGCGCGGCGAUGGCCGGACUAUCCCGACUCGCCAACGACCUGGUGGCCGUCCUGAGCGACCCCUCCGCCUCGUGCACGCUGAGCCUGCGUUGCGGCGACGCGGCGUGGAGUGGCGACGUGAGGCCCGCCGAGGACGCUGCAGCCAGGCUGGUGUUGUGCCGACUGCUGUGCGGUCUGCAGCAGCGGGUGAAGCAAGAACCUGAAGAGUUGGUGUCGCCGCAACGGCAGCCACGUGGACCUGGAGUGGAACAACAGGGAAGACACGUACCGCGGCAAGAGCCGCCGCAACAGAAUAAGCCUCAGCAGGGAAUUCAGGAGCCUCUGGAGAAACCACGGCAACAGGAGAAGCCUCACCAAGAAAAUCAGGUGCCUCUGGAGAAACCACGGCAACAGGAGAAGCCUCACCAAGAAAAUCAGGUGCCUCUGGAGAAACCACGGCAACAGGAGAAGCCUCACCAAGAAAAUCAGGUGCCUCUGGAGAAACCACGGCAACAGGAGAAGCCUCACGAAGAAAAUCAGGUGCCUCUGGAAAAACCACGCCAACAAGAGAAGCCUCACCAAGAAAAUCAGGUGCCUCUGGAGAAACCACGGCAACAGGAGAAGCCUCACCAAGAAAAUCAGGUGCCUCUGGAGAAACCACGUCAGCAGGAGAAGCCUCACCAAGAAAAUCAGGUGCCUCUGGAGAAACCACGGCAACAGGAGAAGCCUCACGAAGAAAAUCAGGUGUCUCUGGAGAAACCACGGCAACAGGACAGACCCCUAGACCUGACUGGCAAUGAUGAUGUACGGAAUUUCAUUACGAAAGAGUCGCGCGGCAAGGACGGUGCUGCUCCUGGACCCACCACCGUCGCCCCCCAGCAGCAACCUAGCACUGCGCCCGUGAAGCGCAACCCCAACAAGUUCAAACGCCCGGCGUUAGAUCUAGACUCGCCCCGCUCCUCGGCUCGCAUCAGUCGCCGUGGACUGUCGCAGGCUCCGUCGGUGAGGUGUAUUCGUUACUACGGCCUGCACUGUGGCAAAAAGAUCACUCCCAAUGAAAUAUCGCUUGAGGAGAUGGCGUCCAGGAUAAAGGUAGGGUCAAGGGUGGCCAGAGGAAAGAACUGGGAGAGAACACGCGAGGUCGACGGCAAGCCUCCGGGGCCCGGCACCGUACUUGCCCGGAAGUACCGUUCCAGCAACGGACCUUUCGUGGAGGUCAAGUGGGACCGCGACCCUACGAAGAGUGUCCGGCGCUAUGCCAUGGAGCGGAGUGGGAACUCCAGCCUCCGACUGCUCUCUGCCACUCCGCUGAGACCACAUCUUCGAGCCCGGGAUGGGGACGUCACUCUCGAUGCAGACAUCGUUAGCUCUGUUCGUAGGAAGAAGGUGGCAGAAGAUGGCAGCCUUGCUAAGGUGAAAAUACUUCGAGGCCUACCGUGCUCUCACUUCCCUACGUGGUGCGAGAAGGUGCUGCAACAGGUGGCGCCCCACCUCAAGGGCUUGCAGAUGGUGUCGCCUUCGCAGCGACACAUAGACGUGGCCCUGGCGAUGCUCAACCUGCAGGCCCUGUGCCUCACCGACGUGACGGCCCAGCAGCUGCAGCAGGUGACCGAGAUAGCCUCGCUGCGCAGCCUGGAAGUACACGGCCAAGCGGACUCUCCGCUGACUACCGAGCGCUACGGAACUCUUCCGCGGCUGAAGUUUCUGCGCUGCGGCGUCUACCCGCUGGCCGCUGCGCUGGGUCUCAUGCGCGCGCACGCCGGCACGCUGAAGGAGUUGCAGCUGGUAGCUGCAUCCUGCGAGCCCUACGGCUGCCCUGACCUGGCGCUGGAGCUGCUGAGCUGUGGAUUCAAGACGCUGAAGCGGGUGAUGCUAGUGCGGACGACCGGCUACAACGUCCCCUGUCGCCACGACAGGGACACCUGCAAAGACCAGAGAAGCCAAAUCCACGAUGCUUUUGCUGAGAGUAACCCUAUUGAACGUUUAGCCUGCUCAGUCUGCGGAGCCUCCUGAGUCUCGAAGGUUAGAAUUUGUUUUAUCCUUUUAUUCGUACAUCUGCUGAUUUUGAUAAUAAUCUUGAUAUGAUUCUUAGCGGGGAUGGUUAUUACCAUUGCUGUUCGCAAAGUAAAAUGGAAACUUAAAUGUUUCUUAAACUUUUCUUCGAUUCAACAUGUCAGAAAAUUGUGGGUUGGCCUUACGAAUAUUUAUAAUCAUGUUUCAAUUCCCAACGCGUCUCUACACAUUUAUGUUGGUGUUGUUUUGAAGGGUUCUUCUUGUCCUUCCUGUGAUUUUUUUAUACAAUUUUUAUUAGUCUGCUCUCUCAUAAAGUGACCUUCUGUAAAACGGAGUAUCUCUCUGUGUGGUGGAACAUCUGAACACAGUCUCUGCUCAGUAUAGACGCAUUAAUGUAAUAUUAAUUUGCUGUAAAGAGAAAAUGUAUCAUUCUGUUUCUCAAACCGAGAUGAGUCUUCUGUAGAUUCCUAGCAGUCUAUUGUGUUCCUUUAAUGAGGGAUUUUGCUUUGUUACAAAUCUUCCACUAAUGUAGCCCUCAUUUAUGUUCAAAUGACGAAAUUUAAUAAAUUUAUUCACAAUCA